AAUAAUAAUUUAUAUACUUUGAUUCUGGAUACGUACGAUAUUUUUACAGCUCUGAACAUAUAAUACCACUCCUUUAAGUGGCCAACACUGAUAAUAAAUAAUAUUUUAAAGGAAUAAGUAGAUAAGCUGCCCGGCAUGCAGUCGCUGGGACGGACGGCGUGCGCGGUGGCGGGGGCGGUCGCGGUGGCGCUACUGGUGCUGCUGUGCGCGAGCCCCGCGCGGGCCUGCAACGAGGCGGUGUGCGCCAGCGUGGUGAGCAAGUGCAUGCUCACGCAGUCCUGCAAGUGCGACAUCAAGAACUGCUCCUGCUGCAAGGACUGCUACGCCUGCCUGGGCGAGCUCUACAGCGAGUGCUGCUCCUGCGUGGACAUCUGCCCGAAGCCCAACGACACGGUGACGCCGCUGGGCAGGAAGAGCCACGUGGAGGAGUUCACGGACCCCGUCCCGGAGCUGUUCCAGGCGCUGAUGGGCGAGCCGGACCCCAAGAGCCGCUGGGUGCCCUUCACGUUCCCGGUCGACUAUGACACCACCAUCUUCCUGCCCAAGACGGACAAGGCGGUCAAGUACCACACCCUUGCAGAGAGCGGGGAGGAGCCCGGGGACGUGGCGGCGACGGACGACAACACGGUGACGGUGAACUGCACGGUGGCCUUCAUGAGCCAGUGCAUGCCGUGGAACAAGUGCAAGGCGUCGUGCAGCUCGACCGGCGCGGCGGCGUACCGCUGGUUCCACGACGGCUGCUGCGAGUGCGUCGGCACCGGCUGCAUCAACUACGGCAUCAGCGAGAGCAAUUGCUUGGACUGCCCGGAGCGCGGGGACAUCGCCCUCGACGACGACAGCGAGCUGGUGUACGACUACUACUCUGACCCCGACGGCGGUCUGGGGGACGAGGAGAAGAUAGGAGACAGCAUCCAGAGCUUGUAGUGCCAUUUGACUGCUUGUAAAUAAGUGCCAAUCGAGUAGUGUAGUGCCUAGUACGCGCGGGCUUCUUUCCUCGAGCACGGAGAUGAACGCUAUUCCAGUUCUCAGUUCCGAAUCUCGAAUUUUAUUCUUGAUAGGUAGGGGUCCUCAGAUUAAAAUCUAGCGCUUAAGAAUUUAGAAUAAAAUAAUAUGAAAGCAAAAAUAAAUAAAUAAAUUUAAGUUUUGAAGAAAUAAUCAACUUUUUUUUUGCCAAAAUCAAAAAUAGCACAUUUAUGAUUUGUAGGACUUAAUUAUUUAUUCCCAUAGCAUUGUAGCUGGUAGCAGAUACAAACAUUGCUUUGAUAUAUUCUAUAGGUAUAAAUAAUAGCAGUGCUUGUGUUUUAGUUUCUGAAUUGCUCUUCAAAAUAUAUUUUUCUUUGAAUAUUUUUUCUAGAAUAUAAAAUAUUUUGAAUACUGAAAAUUUAAUUGUUUUCAGUAUUUUAUUAGCCUGUUUCUACCAAGAACUUACCAUUAUAGUCAAUCUUGUGAAAAAAUUAAUUUCUCUUUAUUAGUUGGUAGCUGUUAUCUUUAAAAUGCAAAUCUUUUGAAAUUUUUAUAUUUGCGUGAAGUAUCUUUUCCUUGGUUCAGAAUUAAAUUUUUUAACGAACAUCAUAUUCGUACAGUUCUUUCUAACAAUGUAAGAAUAUUUUUUUUAUGAACCGCGUGUAACAUUCUGUUAAUUACAAGUGUAAAAAAAAAUCUGCUUCACAGAGAAGUGAAAUUAAAUUGUUUUUUAUAGCGUAGCACCACAAUUUGGUUAACGUAGAUCACACAUAGAUCAAGAACAUACUGGAAUAUUAAACUGAGUUACUCUUAUAUGCCUAAAAUGUUAAAUAAUAAACAAUAGUACUAACUAUAAUAAAAGUAAUAAUAAAAACACAAAUGUAAACUGUAACUGGGCUCGCUCAUUAUGUUUUACACUACUGGCUAGCACUCUGGACUAUUCAUGAGACAAGAUCGCAACAAGGCGAGAUUUACAAGGUGGUGUGCACUUAUUUACAUGAAAGAAACCCGUGUGAACUAGGCGUAAAAUGUUGUGCCAGAACUCAAAUUAGUUCACACAAAAGUUUGAUAUUUUUAUAUUUGUACACAUGUUUAUUGACAUAACAAUGAUGGUAUAUGAUACUUUUUAUAUACAUAUAUAUUUUUAGAUUUUAAGGUACUAAUAUUAAGAUCUGAAUUUAGUUGUUAGUUUUAUUAAUUAGGAGUAAGUAAACUGUGCUAGGCUUGUGCGAAUGAUUCUGUUCUUUAACCAAACUAAAAUUAAAAUAUAGUUUUGGAAUGUUGGUGAAAACUUAAAAAAAGUAUUGAAGCUACACUUCUUAAUGCAAGUUGGUUACAAAAUCAUAACAUAUUUCUUGUUCUUUUGAAAUAAUAAAUUGUGUCUUGUAUUAAAAAUUUCUAUAUAUAUUUGGAGUUUCUAAAUUAGAACUGAUAGGUAGAAAUUUAGAUAAUAGGUAGAAAUUUAGAUAAUAGGUAGAAAUUUAGAUGCUUCAAUGCUGAUUCUUAAAGAGGUAUUGAAUUCAUUUCAGGACAUUAAUUAGGUCGGACAUAAUUUAUUAUCAAUAAUACAGAAAACCAGAUAUUCACACAACUCUACUGCAGAAUUAUAUGUAGUUACCGUAUUUAUCUGGUUAUAAAACUAACUAUGGACACUACAGUGUAUUCAAGAUUUUGUUUAAAAAAAAUUGCGAUAUUAUUUUUGUUACCAAAAACUUCCAUGUUGCUAUUUUGUAUCAUAGAGAAGUGGUAGCCAAUAUUUUCAACAUAAAAUUCAUGUUUUUCAUAACAGUAUAAUAUAUAUAGUAAUCAAAACAUAUGUACAGCAAAACCCCUUAUUUGCACUUUUCAUGGGGACAAAGUAAAAAAGUGUAAAAAGCGGGAAAGUGUAAAUAAAGGGAAAAGUAUAAAAAGGAGAACAGUUUACCUUAUUUAGAAUUUUUUUCCUUUUGUUUAAUAGCACAUACUACAAUGCAGGUACAAACACACUAACAACAAAUGUUACUUUAGUAUUUAAUCAAUAAUUAAUUUACCACAUUUGACAAAAAUAAAAAAAGAAUGAAAGCCAAAAUGUUUUUCUGAUUACUUCCUAAAAAAUAAAUUUGAAAUUUUCUUCUGCUUGCUUUUUUGGCUGUUCAAGGAGAUUAUUUGCCUCUCCAAAUUAUAAAUACAGUUGCAACCGGCAGGGUUUAUAACAAAUACGGGCUACAUACACAUUGCUCACAGUAAAAAAAUUUUUAAGAAAAGGCCGCAAAUUGAUGAAUAUUUACCGUCAAUAGCGCGCCAAACGCGGAGAAAGGUCAUUGUACUCGGUCAGCUGCUGUAACGACGCGGCGGCGCAUGCGCACUCUAUGCUCCGCCCAGACUCAUGACGCCAUCAGCCGCCAACCAAUAGAUGCGAGCUUAGCAGAAAAAAAUAUAAGCUCCACCUCCCGUGUACCAAUUUUAUCCAGUUCUAAUACCAGUUUAUUGGUAUACGCACCAGUUUUCUCGCUGCCGUGACAUGUUCAAGUUUACGUUUAUCAUUAUGUCUUGAUACCAAUAAUUAAUUAUUUACGAUCCCCAGAAAUAAAUGGUUAGUUUAAAAAAUAUGGCGUCAACUGUACAAUACUUCCCAAAUUAUAAAAGACGUAUAAAACAGUUACCAAGACACCGCUCAUUUUAUCUUGUGAAGUUUAUGUCUCGUACCAGUAUUUCGGCUAAGUUGUGACAUAAAUACAGUAUCAGAACUUACAAGCAGCCAUGUUUGUACAUUCAUGAGUUUACGUUUUUCCCUCGUGCAUUUUAGAUUGUCUCCUGCUAUAAUUACUCGUACUUUUACACGCCUAGGCUUAAAUUAUUACAUGUUUAGAAAUAAAAGCAACUUUUCAUGUUAUAAAAUAUGUAUAUUUUGCUAUUUAAAAUGUUCAUUGCCUACUAGCUCCACGGUAUUUUCUGGUUGUUUAUGGUUGUUACGUGACGUAAAUAGCGGGAUUGAUUCGAUUUUUGAGACGUAAUUCACGGGAAAGUAUUGUAUUGGACUAUAUGGGAACCAAACGGGACCUGAAGAAUAUAGUGCAAAUAACAGGAAAACGUAAAUAACGGUAACGUAAAUAAGGGGUUUCGCUGUAGCAGUGAUCAAAUUUGAGAUUGAUAUUUUUGCUAGAAUAAGUAUUAUUAUAAUACAGUGUUUUAAAGACUUAGUUGUAGUGAUGGUUCGAAUCCCAUUUUUCUCGAAUCCGAAUCUCGAAUCCGAAUCCCAAACAGUACCUCGAAUCCACCCCUCGAAUCCGAAUCCAGUUCUCAAGGGUUAAUUAUAAAAUAAUUUAUAAGUUAAGAGAAAAAAUUAAACAUUAUGCAGAAUUGUUUAACCCUUUAAAUUUUUAUUUAUAAAAACAAGGAUUUUGACACGGUCUGGAUCAAGACGAUUCCGUUUUUGGUCACAUAUAUUUCCUGCAGUGCUGAACAAACGUUCAGAGAACACUGUCGCAGGUGGUGAACACAAAUAUUUUUUGGACAGUUUAUGUAGCCUGGGUGAACACGCAGACUGAGUUUUCCAGUAUUCGAGAAUGUUUAUUUCUGGGUUAACUGUAGGAUCACGUAAUAAUCUGGUCACUUCAUCAAUUGCUGUAGAAUCCGACUUGGUGGAUUUAAGGCAUUCAGGCAUUAUCUGUGAGUACAGUGAUUCAUGUAUCCACGGAAAUCGGAAAACGAAAUUCAACAUCCGACGGAACAAUAUUUUGUAGUUACCAACUUGACAUUUGUUUAAAGUCCCAAAUGUAGGUAAACGCUUUCCUGAAAUAUUUAAUGGAAACUGGAAGGCGCCAUCUUGUCUUCAAUAGUUUAAGGCCAUAAGAAAUAUUGUUGUGCAUCUUUUAAAAUUAAGCCUCACUAAAGCAUAGUGAUUAAUAUGCCCGAAGUUAAAAGUGACGGGGUGUUUUCUCUAGUUUACCCAUUAAAAUUUUUUAUAUUAAUAUUAGUUAUUUUUUUAUGUUGCUCAUAAUUAUUGGCUAACAAAUUCAUUGGUUGGCCAUCAUGGAAUUCUCAGAUAAUACAUAUUUUAACGUUGAUAGUCUACACAAACCAAACUUGGUCCUAAAAAAAUUCAUAAUUAGAAUGUGUAUCAGAAUAUUUAAAAUUGAAUUGCGAUUAAAAUACAUGUGUACAAAUACAAAUACAAAUGCAUCCAUGUUCAUGAAUAUAAAGUAAGUUUCCCAAAUCAGUACAUGCUUCAUAAUUUUUUUUAUAUAAUAAUGAAUUAAAAGUACAAUACAGUAGAACCUCGUUAAUCCGUGAUGCGCUAAUUCGGGAAUCGGAUAAACUGGAUCGAUUUAAAAGAGAAGAAAAAAAGAGAAGAAAAAAAAGAGAAGUAAAAAUUUUCAGCGCUUAAAAUUAACGCCACACGGGCUGGCGGCCGGCAAACACUACAAGCCAUCGCGGCAAACACUACAAGCCAUCGCGUGGGCCGCCAAACUCUGUAACGCUGUUUGUACCGACCCUUUGUGUCGCCCCCCCCUUUCAGCUGUCACAUUUGUCACUCUUUAAACUUGAGGGGGAUGUCCUGACUUCUGCUUCCCGUCUCCCUUUGUUUGUUUCCACCCGCCAACGCACGGCAGGCGCCUGGCGAGUGACGUGUCUGGCUGGCAUUCGGCUGUACGAGGGGAAGGGGGGAGGGUGAAAGGUCAGCACGAUUUAUCUUUCUCUCUUCGACUGUUGUAAAUGACCGUGAACUAAUGGCUAGGCAGUGCUGUAUUUCUUUAAGCCGAGACACUAAUUCGAAGACGGCCGGCCCUUACCGUGAACGGCCUUAACCCAGCUGCACGCCGGUGUCUGAGAAGCUUGACAAGACCUUCCGGGCUUUUAAUCGCUAGUCCGUGAUUAUCUCGGUCCUGACCAUCACGUAUUAACGAGGUGCUACUGUACCUCAAUAGGAUGUGUUCCAAGGAAAACGUAAACAGUUUUUAAAGUACUACAUUUACAUCAAUAUUUUUCCUCGAAUCCCGAAUCUUUUCCCUCGAAUUUUGAAUCUUUCGAAUACUAGAGAUUCGGUGGGAUUCGAGGAUUCGAGGAUUCGACCGGCCCAUCCCUACUUAGUUGUGUUUUUGAAAGAGUUAAUUGAUUUUAAUCUGUAACAUAUGUAGUAGAAAUGCAUGCCAAGUGAUAAUGAAGUGAUGUAAAGUACAUUCCAGUCCAUAUGUGCUCUUCAAAAAAAAAUUUUUACGUUGCCAAUUUUUUUAUUCAGAUGGAAUGUAGAUAUAUAUAUAUUUCUGUCAUGUAGAAUAGGUGUAAACGAGGCUAUGGCUCUUUCCAAAUUUAAAGACACCACUCAUUUUUGUUGAACUUACAAAAGGUUGCAACUUGCAAGGAGUGUUAAAGAAUCGCUGUUGCAGUCAUUGUGAAAUGACGAGUCCUUUCAUGCAUCUUUGUAACCUUCAAGGGUUUUUGGUGGCAUCAUUUAGGAAAAAUGUGACAGUAUUCAGUAGCUUAGCCAGUCUACUGCUGUCUACAUCAAAAGUUUAUCUAUUUCUUACAAAUGGUUAACUUAAAUGUUUAAAAAUUUUAUACUGCUAGAAAAAAAUGUGUAAAAUUAGUAAAUGUAAACAAAUAAAUGCAGUUAAAGUAUUUCUUCCUUGUGUUGGCAUUAAAAAAAUUGGAUAACCUUUCACAGUUAGUUUCUCACUGGAUGUUGCCUUGAACUUAAAGGUUCCUUUGGUUAAGGCUGUAUCUGAAAGGAACAUAUUCUCACUAUUCAGAAAUUGGUAAAAAAAUUGUUACUUUAAUUGGGUGCCUCCCAUUUUGGGUCAUUAUUCGUUGAUUUAAACACUGGUAAACAUGUAUACUUUUUCAGUGGUUUAACUUUCACAACUUUCACUUUUGCAUAAUUUGCUGCCAAAGUUACAUUUUCAACAUGUUUCAGCUGUACAAAUAAGGAGAAUCAACUGGAAAGCAGGAAAAUACCUUUUAGGUUUAACUGCAAUGUUUCUGACAUCUUCAAGAAAUAAGUGCAAUUUAUAUCAGAAAAUAUUAUUAAAAUUUGUGAGGAUUUUGAGAGUCGAGCAAAGCAAAAUAAAUUUUGGAAAUAGAAAUGCAACCACAUCAUGAAGUAGUAAAUAGCAUAGCAGUUAAACCUAAAAAAUAUUUCAGUUCUGCAAGCUAUUAAAUUAUUCUAUUGCCCAAAGACAUUAAAAAUGUAACUUUUGCAGGUAAUUGUGCAAGAAGUAUGCAAUGGAUACCUGUUUUAUUUCAUGAAAGUUUAAACAAUUAUAUAAUUCUACAAGUCAAUCUGUGAUUAAUGUAAAUAUAAAAUCAUGACCUAAAUGGGAGGCACUGCACCCCCUUAAAAUGAAACGCACUACAUAGGUCUUUCUGUCGCAGACUUUGUAAAUACUUUGCUAAUUUUUGUAGUUGGAUUGAAAGAUUAAUGAAACUGAAAGCACAUAAAACAAUAAAAUUAUGAAUCAAGUUUGUGUAAGUUUGUAAACAUUGUAAUUUAUAUGCUAUAAAAGGUUUUAAAAAUAAAUUUUACUACAUUAAAACUUGUUUCAAAAAAUUA